AACAAAAUGGCGGUAGUAGUGUGUGUUGAAAUAGCAUGUCUGUGUGAAAUAUUUUAAUUAUGAAUUAAUACAGAAGUCAAAAUGAGUCAAUGGAAGCCAGUAAAAGAAAAAGAUCGAUAUGGAAUUGCAAUCCACAAUUUUCAUCAGGAUGCAGCAUACAGGAUAAAGUUGAUGGUUGGAGAAGCUGUUCACAUUCUGGAAGAAAAUGGAGGCUGGUUCUUUGGGUAUUCAACGAAGAACCGAGCAGUGCGUGGAAUCUUUCCAAAAUCUUACAUCCAUAUCAAAGAAUGCAUUGUUGACAGAACUGGACCAGUUGAAGUGGUAACAUUAAAACAACCUCAUGUCGUGCAGGAACUAACAUCAGUUCUGAGAGAAUGGGGUCAUAUAUGGAAACAUUUGUACAUAAUCCAUAGUGAACAUUUUGAGACCAUAGAGCAUCGGAUUUAUGAAUUGAUUCGAUACCGAAGUAAAAUCCUCUCUGGCACAUUGCCUGUCGAUGAACUCAAAGAAAUCAAACAGCUAGUCACGUCAAAAAUAGAUAUGGGUAACAAAUUGUUAGACCUUGAUAUGGUAGUUAGAGACGACCAGGGAAAUAUUUUAAAUCCAGAUAUUACUUCCACCAUUCAGCUGUAUUGGCAACAUGAACUAGCCACUGAAAGGAUAAAAAAAGCCACAUCUGUCCCCAUGGAGAAAGCGCAGAAGACAUUGACACAGUACUCGCAUAUAUUUUUUGUGUCUGUACGUAACUUUGUAUGCAAGAUGAGUGAGGAUGCUGAGCUUCUCAUGACAUUAUAUGAUGCCAAAGAAGGCCGAGCUAUCACAGAAAAUUAUGUAGUGAGAUGGAGUAAGGAGGGCUUGGCACGAGAUAUUGACCAGCUGCACAAUCUCAGAGUGUUAUUCACUGAUUUGGGCAGCCGGGAUUUAAGUCGUGAGAAGGUGUAUCUGGUUUGCUAUGUAGUGAGAGUAGGUGCCAUGGAGGUUCGAGAUCCUGACCAUCGACGGAGUUCACACGUUCCAAAGAAGGUGCAUGCUGAGGGCAUGAGGCGUCCUUUUGGUGUUGCAGCAAUGGAUGUAACUUUAUAUAUCACUGGCAAGAUAGAAGGGAAUGAAGAGGAGCAUCAUUUUAUUCCUUUCUUGCAAUGUUGUGAGAGAGAUAAUCUGGAUGGUACAUUAAGGAGGAUACUCACCUUGAAGGAGCUACCUCAGAAAGAGCACAAAGGGCAGGGACUGUGGACGAGCCUGAAACUGCUGCAUGGUGACCUGAAGCAGGUUCGAGAAGAAAACCCACAUUUAGUACUGGGCAAUGUGACAAUAGCACGAAAGAUGGGUUUUCCAGAAGUGAUACUGCCAGGAGAUGUGCGCAAUGAUCUGUACCUUACUCUCGUGAGUGGCGAGUUCUCUAAAGGAAGCAAAUCAACUGACAGAAAUGUUGAAGUUACUGUCAGAGUUUGUAAUGAAAAGGGGCAAAGCAUUCCGGGUGUGAUUACAUUGGGUGGUGGAGUUGAAAUGAUAAAUGAGUACAGGUCUGUCAUUUAUUAUCAUGAGGACAAACCUCGCUGGUUUGAGAUAUUCAAGGUUGCUGUGCCCAUUGAGGAGUUUAAAGGAAGCCAUUUAAAAUUUAUGUUUAAACACAGAUCUUCAAAUGAAACCAAAGACAAGACUGAAAAACCAUUUGCUAUGUCAUAUGUAAAACUGAUGCAGGAAAAUGGGACCACACUACCAGACAAAGAGCAUGAACUUCUAGUGUAUAAGAUUGAUCACAAGAAGUUUGAAGACAAUGAUUUGGGUUAUCUGAGCCUUCCUUCAAUGCGACAAGAAUUGACUGAGGGGCAGAAACCCCAGCUUGGGGGAAUAAGUCUGAGUAGCAAAGACAGCUUUACUAUUCAUACCAAUGUGUGUUCAACUAAGCUGACACAAGAUGUUGACUUGCUUGGGCUGCUGAACUGGAUUAGCCAUCCUGAAGUUCUUAAAGACAGUCUUGCAGCAUUGAUGACGGUGGAUGGUGAAGAAGUAGUAAAGUUCCUGCAGGAUGUAUUGGAUGCACUGUUCAACAUUCUAAUGCAAAAUUCAGACUCAGAUCUGUACGACAACAUGGUCUUCGAGUGCCUUCUUUAUAUAAUUGGACUGGUGUCGGACAGAAAGUACCAACAUUUUCAGCCAGUUUUGGACCUCUACAUACAGGAGAGCUUCAGUGCAACACUUGCUUAUAACAAACUGAUUGUGGUUUUGAAGUAUCAUAUAGACAAUGCCAACUGUACUGACAGCCAGAAUAAGGACCUUAUGCUGAAGACCAUGAAGUCCCUGCAGUAUUGCAUUCGCUUCAUUGUACGGUCAAGGCAGCUCUUCUCAGAGUUGAAUGAAGGGAAAGAUCAACAGCAGUUUGAGCUUUCAUUAAAACAGUUGCUCCAAAGCAUCACUGGCAUGAUGUGUUACAAUACAGAUAACACACUGACAGUGCAAGGGACAUGUCUCAAGUUCCUGCCGUUUACCAUUCCAGAUAUCCUCACAGUAUUCAGUGCCACAGAACUGAGUGGCUUAUUAACGGAGCUUAUUAACAAGCUGCCUCCAACCCGCCUCACAAAGCAGAAGAUGAUGACUGUGAAUGACAUUGUGCAUAGCAAGUUGUUCCUCUAUUCUGACUGCCGUGCAGUACUGCUUCCUGUCAUCACAGCUCACAUCAAAGAGCUGCUUGAGUCCAAAGAAGAGGGACGGGCUGGUGUCGAAUUCCGUAACAAGACUAAGUCUGUUGCCAAGGUUGCCAGGAUGUUAGGAGCCAGCAAGCAGAAGUUGCACACUCACUGUGGGAACUCUGAGGAGGUUGUUCUUUGUGUGAAGAUCCUUAGUGAUAUAAUGGAACUACUAUUCCGUAAAGAUAUUGGACCAACAGCUCCAGAUGUAAAAGAAAUCAUGCUUACGGUCUUGCGGACUGUCAUCCAGACUACAAUAACAAUGGACCGGGAAAAUCCUUUAGUUGGUCGACUGGUCGCUGUAAUGAUUUCAAUUUUUCGUCAGAUGACAGCACAUCAUUUUGAAGUGUACAUAGGUCACUUUGUGACAAUUACAGACCUGCUUGAUUUCCUUAUGGAAAUCUUACUUGUAUUCAAGGACCUGGUGUCAAAACCUGUUUAUCCUAAGGAUUGGUGCGAGAUGAUAAUGUUGCAGAACAGUGUCAUCCUGAAGUCUCUUCGAUUCUUCUCACACACAAUACGCGAUUACUUCUUCCAGCCAUUUGAGCACCAGGCAUGGAACAACUUCUUCCAUUGUGCCAUUGCAUUCCUUACUCAACCUGCAUUACAGCUGGAUGUUUUCAGCCAGAAUAAACGUGCACGCAUUAUUGGAAGGUACAAGGAUAUGCGCAGAGAAACAGGCUUUGAGAUACGCAGCAUGUGGUUCAACCUUGGUCAAUACAAGAUUCAGUUUGUGCCCGGGUUGGUUGGUCCGUUCUUGGAGAUGACCUUAAUUCCAGAGACUGAAUUAAGAAGAGCAACAAUUCCAAUUUUCUUUGACAUGAUGCAGUGUGAGUUUUACUCUUCUCGAGUAUCAAGCGAAAGCUUUGGUGACACUAAGCGCAACACUGCAAACAUCAAAGCCCACUUCUCAGAGUUUGAGAAUGAAAUGAUUGCCAAGCUUGAUAUCCUGGUGGAAGGGGGACGUGGAGAUGAACACUAUAAAGAACUGUUUGGAGAAAUUAUGCUGGAUCGUUGUGAGAACCAUUCCACUAUGAGGGAUCAGGGUAUGAAGUUUGUGAAAACUGUGACUCGUCUUAUGGAGCGAUUACUGGAGUACCGUUUCAUCAUCACAGAUGAAAAUAAGGAAAAUCGCAUGAGCUGCACUGUCAACCUUCUUGACUUCUACAGCGAGAUCAACCGCAAAGAGAUGUACAUCCGCUAUGUGAACAAACUCUGUGAUUUGCACCUUGAGUGUGACAAUUACACAGAAGCUGCGUAUACACUGAAGUUGCAUAGUAAGCUUCUUCACUGGUCUGAUGCACCUCUGCCUCCCUUGCUGAAGAGCCAUAAAUACCCCACAUGUCAGACACACAGAGAACUCAAGGAGGCAUUGUACUAUGAUAUCAUUGAUUAUUUUGACAAAGGAAAGAUGUGGGAAUGUGCUAUAGCUGUGUGUAAGGAGCUGGCUAGUCAGUAUGAAGAAGAAGUGUUUGACUACAAACAACUGAGCUUGCUACUGAAGAAAGAGUCACAUUUCUAUGAUAGCAUCAUGAAGCAGAUACGGCCAGAACCAGAAUAUUUCCGUGUUGCAUACUAUGGUCGAGGCUUCCCAGCAUUUCUCCAGAACAAGGUUUUUGUCUACCGUGGGAAAGAAUACGAGCGUCUGAGUGAUUUUAGCAGUCGGACUUUGAACCAGUUACCCAAUGCAGAACUCAUGAACAAACUGACUCCCCCUGGAGAAGAUAUCAUGGAGUCUCCACACCAGUAUGUUCAGAUUAACAAAGUUGACCCACUAAUGGAUGAUCGUAAGCAGCGGUUAUCUGGAAAACCCAUCAACGAUCAGAUCCUACGAUAUCACAGGGUGAAUGACAUACAGAAGUUUCGUUUCUCCCGGCCCAUUCAUCGUAAGGAACUGUCUGGUGGUGACGGAGAUAAUGAAUUUGCAAGUCUCUGGUUGGAACGUACAGUGUUAGUCACAUCAUAUCCAUUGCCUGGAAUUCUCCGUUGGUUUCCAGUUACUUCCACAGAUACAUACCAGGUAUCUCCAUUGCAAAAUGCUAUUGAGACAAUGGAAGUCACAAACAAAGCUCUGCGUGACCUUAUAAUAGCACACCGAAGUGAUCCUACUCUGCAGUUGAAUCCACUGAGUUUGAAGAUCAAUGGCAUUGUCGAUGCUGCCGUGAUGGGCGGCGUAACAAACUACGAGAAAGCAUUCUUUACAACUCAGUACCUGGAAGCACACCCAGAAGAUGCAGUGCUUAUCAACAAGCUGCAAGAUCUGAUUGCAUCACAAAUUCCACUCUUAGAGCUCUGCAUUCAAAUUCAUCGUCAGAGGGCACCUCCUUCUCUUAUGCCCUUUCAGCAACGACUUGAGGAAUGUUUUGCUGAAAUGCAAAAUCAUGUGGAGUCAAAAUAUGGAAAAAAGACAUGUGACUUAAAGUUUGAAAAUGCAAAGUUUGUGACAAUGAGGCGGCAGUUCAGUAGUGCCAGUACGCACACGGAUAAUCAUCGACUGUCUGAAGUUAGUCUUACAUCAUCAGAAGGGAGUAGGUCACGUGUUUCAAGCCUAACCCGAUCACAAGUCGCUUCACUCAAAAAUUUUGCUACCACAUUCAAUUUCUCCAACAUCAAUUCAUCCAACACUCUGGGAAGAGCUGCAGUGUCGCAUCAUGGCAGUUCUCCAAGCAAGCAACACAGCAUCGGAUCCCCUUCUGUGUCCUCGAGAUCACAGUCGAUGUUUUCCAAGACAUCGAGUUCUGCUUCACUUAAAGGAACGUCUAAGAGAGACAAAUCAACUAAGGAGGGUAAGAGGCGGUCAUCACGUAAAAGUGAUCAUGAAUCAUCGUCAAAUGUUAAGGCUGCCGCAUCCAGUAGUCAGUGGUACACGACACCAGAAUGUGAGCUGUCGCCUCCAGUAAUCUCUUCUGUAGCCACCACAACUGUAUUUGAACUGCGACAAGAGCUAACACCGAAGCGACCGUUGCGGUCUGAAGUUGAACGUGAACGUCGUAUGAGUCGCCCAUCAAGUGGGCAAUUUCAGACAUCAAGUCGAUUCAGCACAACUACCAUUCUGACCACAAGGGUUAAUGGCAGCAACACCACUCCAUGCAGUAACCGUGACUCUAUAGGAACCACGGACUCAACAGCAAGUGAAGAAGAUUUGAUACCUCCCCCUCUGCCGCAGAAAGCAAGAGAAGCUGACUACUGCAACCUUCCCGAUGAACCGGACUCUGUAGUAUCAGAGCCUGUGCGGCUACUCACUCCUCGAGUCCGGAACAAGCCACCACCUCCAGAACCUGUUGAAAAGGUAUCUCCACCAACACCACCACCAAAGAAACCAGCUCUCAAGCCUUCACUUGGUUAGACCUUAGUGUAACUAAAAUAUUAGGAUAGUAAGUUUGUGAAAUGUUCAGGAUACAGUGAAGCUGAUUACACCAUAUCCUGCACAGCCAUGACACCAGACUACAAAGCUGAGUUUCUUUAUCAUUAUUCCAAAAUUAAGGUGCUUCUUUUCUGUAUUUACCUGAAUUAAGGUAACCACAAAAAGAAAUCAUCCUUUUAGAAACAGAAGGAAACAGUGGAAAAGAGUAAUGCUACUUUUCCUUUUCAAUUUGUCUAAUCAAUAUCUGACCCUUUCUGCUCAAAAUUACACCUGCCUUCAUAAUUUAUUUUCAGUUAACAUCUCAGUUUGUGUUUGUUCAUGGCCACAUAGACCAUAAGGUAUUGUAAAUAUAUAAUUUAAAAUGUGCCAGCAAAUGACAGAGAUAGCUUUUGUAGUUAUAUCACUAUCUGCAACACCUUAUACACAAUAACAAAAGGGAGAACUUGCCAAAACCACUAUUAUGGAUGUUCCAACAAAUUAUAUAAACAAGAAACAGUGAUCCCAUGAUAGUGGAGGAAUGAUGGUUGUGGUUGCUAUAAAAGGCUUCAUGUUUACAAUUGCAUUUUUCACAAGCAUUUACCAGUGAAAUGUAAUUUCUGUUCUUUCAUUUGAUCAUAUCCUCAACUUAUUAAAGAAAUGGUGUAUUGCAGUAGAGUUAAAUGUUUUCCACACUAACCUCACACAAACAGAGAUGUGGAUUUCUUGCUGAUGUGGCCUGCUCAGUCAGCAAUAUUUGCCUGGCUCCUGUUUAUUUCUUUGAAAAAUUUGAGAUAUCACUCUUGGAAAUAAAUAAUGGUGUACUUUGUAAGACAGCCCAUAUUGCUGUACUUCUCAGUCUUAAUAUCAUGAAGUACAGGGUGUCUGUACCUUAUGAAUCCAUUUAUAAUGAAACAGCUCCUUAUUCCACACAUAAGCCCUCCACAUUAUUACAUUUAUAUAAAUAUAUCUAUUCUUCUUGGAUGGUCUAUUUUUAGACCUAAAUGCCAUAUCUUUCAAAUAUCAAGAAACUCUUGAUCCUUUCAUUGUCAUAUUGGCUUUCUUUAUUAUAAUGGAUAUGUGUGUAUGCUUAUACGUAAAUAUGCCCUGAUUUAGCUGCAUUCCUGGAAAACAUAGUGACACAAAUUGAAGGUUUUUUCCUCAUAGACAUUAAUGCUGAAAUGUUCCUGAGUCAAUAAUUUUCUGUCAUUAACUUGAUAAUAUGAUUUUUCUUGGUUACUUAAAGAGAAGCAACACACUAAUGCCAUAGAAAGAGUAUUAUAACAUUUAGAUAUGACAUUGAAGAAGCCCUCUGCUCGAAUGCCAGUGUGCUAAUGCCUCCAUGAGGGAUACUGAAAUAUCUCAUCUCCAGAAUGAGGCACGGAAAAAAAGAACACAUAAGUAUGUGUGUUCUUCACAGUAUAAACUAGAUGUAUAAACAUGCAAAGUGGAAGAUACAUAAAUCAAAGUGUACUUGUAUAAACAUACACAAGAGUUAUAUAAAUGGUCCUGUCCUUUGAAAUGUUACAAAUAUAAUUUUAAUGCUGUUGGGGUCCUGAGCAGUGUUUUGAAUAGAACUUUUGCUAAUGUAUGAGAAUUGUGGUACAAUGAGGUACUUCUGAUACAUAAUCAAUUGUAAAUAAAUCCUCUUAUGUACAAACACAUGUUUAGUAGUGCUGUUUAUAUUCUUCUGUGAAGACUUCAAAGAUUUGAAGGUAAAUAAAAUAUCAGUGGCAAUUUUAUUAGAACUAUUUACAAAGAAAUCACCCAGUAGCUAGGUAUAUUUUAAAUUUCUGUGUAACUGACCUGUUUUUCACACUCUGUGGAUGUAGGCAGUGUUGCUGACAUUGCAUAGGUACAUGCUACAUCCAUCUUCAUGGUGAAAGUGAGUAAGGUAGGUGGUGCAUAUUUAAGUACUCACCAAUCAUUAUGUUGCUUAACCUCAUUUGCCAUCAGUUAAGCAGCUCGGGAGAUUGCCUAACUAUUUCUAUGAGAGCUUUCCCUGCCCAUUGCCACUCUUUGUUCAGACCAAGCACCAGCCCCCACCCUUCCCACUGUAGAUGUUAUUGGCCAGAACAUUGCUAGGUAACAGACCAGUAAAAACACGGGAUACACACAUGCAACAAUGGAAUGAGGUUAUGCAGCCCGCUUCUACAUAACAGCUCAGUAAACAGACUUAUGCGCAGGUGCAAUGAUGUCACACUCCAACCAUACUAGUUCUCAUGCGACUUGUUUUCAGUGUUGUCCAUGGGGCACCAAUAUAACAAAUAUCUGUUUAAGGUUAGGUUAGUGGAGAGUCCAGGAGGGUUCAGUAGUUAAGUGUACAAGGAUGAGAAUGGAGCAUGAAUUGUGAAGAUCGAGUACAGAU